UCCGUUCAGUCCGCACUCGAACGCCGCCGCAGUCGUUUUGAAGCGCCGCACGCGUAAUCAUCGUAAGAAUAAUAAUAAUAGUCAUAUUGUUCGUGUGGUUUUCGGUAAUAAUAAUCUACAAUAUUGCGUUCGUAGACGGUUUGUGUUAUUAUAAUUUCGUAUAAUACAAUAUUGUACGCUGCAGUCGAUAGCUUUUACCGCUCGCGUUUUGCACCUGUCGCGAAUAUUUUAUGUAAAAACCAAUCGACUUUUGAAGUUUUAUUGUGUUUCAUCAAAGCGUAUAUACCCAUAGUCGGGUAUAUAAUAUAAUAUCAACAAUUAUUCUGUUAACUUAAAAAAAGUUUCGUAAAAUGCCGCGGCCCAGUCGCGACUCAUACGGCGACCAAAAACCACCGUACAGUUACAUAUCGCUGACGGCCAUGGCCAUAUGGAGUUCACCCGAGAAAAUGCUUCCGCUGUCCGACAUCUACAAGUUCAUUAGCGAUCAGUUCCCGUACUACAGACGGAACACUCAACGCUGGCAGAACUCACUCCGGCACAACCUGUCGUUCAACGACUGUUUCGUGAAAAUCCCGAGGAUGCCGGACAGGCCGGGCAAAGGCGCGUACUGGGCUCUGCACCCGGCCGCCCUCGACAUGUUCGAGAACGGUUCGCUGUUACGGCGCCGCAAACGGUUUAAGCUGGUCAAGUCCGACAAAGACAGAUUGGACAACGAACUGAUCGCUCUGGCUAACAAUUUGGCGCACAUGCAGCGCAACCAUCCAUCCAUGUCGGCGGCCUCAUCACUGUCGUUGGCGGCUGCUUCGUCGUCAGGCGCGUCGUCCGCUUCGUCGUCGUCGCCGUGUUCAUCGUCGGCCGGCAGCCCGCCACCGCCGACCCAAACACAGCCGCCGCCGUCGUCUCAACACGGCGCAGCGGCCGCUCCUCAUCACCACCAGCCGCACUGUUACGACGACAACAGCGGCGGCAGUCGUCGCCGCCACCGCAGCCGCAGCCGUAACAUUUCGGCACAUCGCGACCACCGGCACGCCAUCACCGUCGUGGACGCGGUCACCGCUUGCACCACCAAGCCGGCGGUCAAAAGACCGUUCGACAUCGAGAGCCUGAUCGGACCCGAUCCGUUGUCGGCGACGUCUGCCGCCGCACCGUCGCAGCCGCUGGCCGCCGCGGACUACACGGACGACGACGACGACGACGACGACGACGUAGACGACGACAUCCUACGACGAUUCCCGUCCAUCGUGCCGGCCGCUUACCGGGCACCGUUGAUGGUGCCGUACGAGUUCCAUCACGCGGCCGCCGCCGCAGCGAUCGCGUUCCAAGACCAUCACCAACACCACUUGCACCACAGUCAGCUGCAACAGUUGCACCACCAUCACCACCAACAACAACAGCACUAUUUACGGUACGCCGCGGCGUCUUAUUUUCCGCACAACUAAUAUUCAGAUAUAAUAAUAAUAAAUAGGUACGCGUUUCCCGUCUCUAUUAAUAUAAUUUUAACCCGUAUAUACAUAUUAUUUAAUGUAUAGGUAUAUAACAACAACGAUAAUAAUAAUAAUAUUAUAUUAUGUAGUCACGUGUUCGGUAAUAAGUCGAACUUUGACUGACCGCACUUUGGAUUCGCGUAUAUGACCUGUGUAGGUCGUAGGUGUUAUAUAGGUACUUAUAUUAUUAUGUUGGAUAAGCGUGGCGUGCCGUUUGUGCUCGAUGACCACAAUAUCUACUCGGCUUGCACACUUUCGCGGAGACGAUUAUUCUACAUAUAUGUAUUGUACGAUAUAUACCUACCUAAUGUUUACCUAUAUGUA